AUUGAUGACACGUUCAUUAUAAUCAGGAGGGGCCAAGUGAAGACCAUCAAGAUAUUACUGAAUACAAUCUUUCUUGACAUCGAUGUUACCAUGGAAGAAGGAGUCGGUAAUCAGAAAGCCUACGGACAUAAGAGGCUAGAGAUCUACUGUAAGCAAAUUAACAUUGAGCGCAUCUCCCACUUCCGAAUCAACGACACUGUUGGAUGCAACCGCAAUUGUGUCAGAACCCUCUUCCAAUGCAUUGAAAUAUCCUGCAGCGAUGAGAUGGGUGAGACAAUGUCAGUUAAGGCUAUAUAUGAACAAACGGCUAAGAGCCUUAUCCGAAGUUCUUUUUCGCCUUCAUUUAAUUUAACUGACAAAUCAAUUGUUGCUACUCCUGCUGAAUUGCAAACUCUCCCGCAGCUUCAUCCUUGGCUUCUGACAGAGAGUCUUGUUUGUAAGCCUGACGAACUUAUAAAACGAAGAGGAAAGCUCGGUCUUGUUCUUGUUCGUUCGGAUUACAAUAACGUAUGCCGUUGGAUUAGUGAGAAAUCGAGUCAGCCUCUGAUUAUCGGCUCAAAACGCGGAACUUUGCAAAGAUUUCUCAUCGAACCUUUCAUUCAACACCAAGAGACGGAUGAGCACUACGUAUGCAUGUUUACACAGCGUGAUGGCGAUGUUAUACUCUUCUGCUCUGAGGGUGGCGUAGACAUAGGCAACGUCGAUGCAAAGGUAACACCAAGGCUAAAAGGUUUCAGGUCACAACGCAAUCUCUUUUCGAUCAUGGCUCCAACGCAGUUACUCCAACUAACCUCUUGGACAGCGGACUACUCAAUAAUGUCGCUGACCCCGCUAGAAAGCAAAUACAUAGGACAGCCAUUUGGGUCCUUUUAUCCGAAUCCUGACCUCUCCAUUCCCAGAGUCCUCGCCGAGUUCAUUGCCGAAUUGCAUCGCGUCUUUGCCCACUUGCACUUCGACUACCUCGAGAUCAACCCUCUGGUUGUCACUCAGGACCCCAGUGCCCCCAGCCACCUACGCGUGCACAUCCUCGACGUGGCCGCAAAGCUCGACCAGUGCGCCGAGUACUUGUUCUCGGGCACCGGUGAGUGGGCUCCGGAGGGGAUGCCUGUGGUUUUUCCGCCCUCUUUCGGUCUGUCUUACUCGCCCGAGGAGCGCCUAGUAGCGGAACUGGAUGCCCGUACCGGCGCCUCAAUGAAGUUGACCCUGUUGAACCCCAAUGCUCGGAUCUGGACAGUGAGUGCCGGUGGCGGCGCCUCGGUCAUUUUUGCAGACACUAUUUGUCAACUGGCACCAAACGGGGCCACCGACCUGGCCAACUAUGGUGAGUACUCGGGCGCGCCCAGCGAAUCACAGACCUACCACUACGCACGUACUAUACUCUCCCUGAUGACCCGUGGUCCUAUUAAUCCUCAAGGAAAGAUUCUUCUGGUUGGAGGAGGCGUGGCCAAUUUUACCAAUGUGGCAGCCACCUUCAAGGGCGUCAUUCGUGCCAUCACUGAGUUCCAGAAUGAGCUGCGUGCUCACUCCGUGAGCAUCUGGGUUCGCCGCGGUGGUCCCAACUACCAGGAGGGUCUCCGUGCCAUGCGUCUUCUAGCAGCGAAUGUGGUCGAUGGGCCAUGGAUGCUUAAACUGCCACGUCGCUUCAAGAGCCUUGAUUUGAAAGGCUUCCAGCUGAUGGGAUAG